AUGAACUACGAACAGACUAAACGCUUCUUACUGACAAGCCUGCGUCGCGCGGAUGCCUCGAAUGACCUCGAGAAGGCCAAAACUGCCAUCUUGGCCGACCUGAAGGAACUGCACAUCAAGAAGCAGAAGCCCGAACAACCCUCUGCCGCUGCGUCUGCAUCAGCCCCAACAACUGCGGCUGCCGGAGCGUCUUCGAGUAGUACGACCGACCAAGAUGUCAAGGACAUUCUCGACUACGCUCUCCAGCAACGCCACGACAAGGGCGAGGGUAGCGGUGGCGGUAGCAAGAUGGAAGUCGAGGGAACGCCUGCCGCAACAACUCGCAAGUACGAAGACGUCGGGUUGCUGAUCGAUAUCGCGCUGUGGCUUGGGCGCGAGAAGGUGAUCGAGUCUGCGGCACCGCUGGAGUUGGUGCGCGAUUUCUUCCUGUCCCAUACGAUCGAGGAAUGCCAGCAGUUCUUUGCGCUGCUCGAGGAUCGCGCCGAUCAGCUCUCUCGGGCCAUCAUCGGGGAUUCGCGCGCCAACAAUACCCUCCUGCGAGCGCUCUCCGAGGUCCGUAAGCGGCUCUCCCGCACGAACGACCUCGUCUUUGCCGGUCGCAUCCUGAUGUUCAUGGCCUACGCGUUCCCCCUCUCCGACAAGUCAGGCGUCAAUCUCAAGGGUGAAGCGAAUGUGGCCAACGUCACCACAAUGGACAAGGAGCCCAGUCCAGCCCUCGAAGAAACCCCCGAGGACAUACGAGAUCUGCAGGCACUUCUGCAAAAGGAGGAGCGCGGUCGCAUGGUGUCGCUCGAGGAAUGGCUUGAGCCCGUCAUUGAGGAGAUGGAUCCCGAGGCUGCCAUCGAGUCCCAGUACAAGAAGAUCAACACGGACAAGAUCUACGUGUGGCGGGCAAAACGUUUGACCUUCAAGCGCAGUCUCGAGUACUUUUGCACGCUUGCCAAACAGGACGCUACUCUCGAGGACGUGGCCAAGCAACUCCUUGCCAACAAGGGAACUUCAACAGAAGAUGGGAUGGUACUGGAGGAUCGUGAGGAAAAACGCGACGCCGAUGUGGAUGAUGUAGAAGACAAGGAGAGCGUCGUCAAAAUCGAAGCCAAGCACAGUGAAGAUCAGGAAGGAGACCAACUUGUCAGCGAGCCCGACAGUCAUGACGACGACAGCAAGCCGCCCACGAAGACUACCCUGGAGGCAGGCGAAGUACCGACACCCCAGGUCGAAGAGGAGGAAGGAGACGACGAAAAGGAAAGUGAGGUGGGUGAGAAGCGGAAGGAGAUGCCCGCCUCGCCACUGAAGGCACGCGAUGAUGCCUCGUCCCCAGCGGUGAAGAAGAGACGAGUUGCGAACAGCCCACUUCUCGUGACGACACCUGGUGAGGCCAAACCUACAACACCAGAGUGA